AUGCCGGACAUUGAAAAGGUCAACACCGCCGCAUCGAGGCAGUCGGCCCAGUCGCAGUCACAGAGACUGGAGGUUUCGCAAUCGAUAACAAAAGUCUACUCGGCACCUCACAUCGAUAACCAGUCUGCCUUUUAUGUGACGGACGGAAACGACGGCGACGAAGGUGGCGGGAACUUGGACCGUACAGCCCCCUCCUACACCAACCACGACGAUUCUAGCAGCCAGCAAGAUCUCGAGAAUGGCAGUCAGGUUGCCGAAUUACAAAAGGCCCAGACGGCCAAAUCCCAACGCUCUGAAAGGGAUCCUAAAUUAGUCGCGUGGAAAGGAAACGACGAUCCCGAAAACCCCAAGAAUUGGCCGAUGAAAAAGCGAUGGGCUGCGGUUUUUGUUGUUUCAUGCUACACACUGAUUUCGCCGGUGUCUUCCUCUAUGCUUGCGCCGGCUCUACCGUCCAUCGCAAAAGACCUCCACAUCGAGAACGAAAUCGAACUCGAAAUGACGUUGUCGAUCUUCGUCCUUGCAUACGCUAUCGGGCCUCUGUUUUUUGGGCCUCUUUCUGAAAUAUACGGCCGCGCCAUUGUGUUACAAUGCGCCAAUAUGAUUUACCUGGUCUUUAAUAUCGCUUGUGGUGUGUGUCAGACGAAAGGUCAAAUGAUUGCCUUUCGUUUUUUGUCUGGGUUAGGCGGUAGUGCUCCGCUUUCGAUUGGCGGUGGGGUCAUGAGUGACUGCUUCCGAGCAGAAGAGCGAGGAAAAGCGAUGGCAAUCUACAGUCUUGCGCCGCUUUUAGGGCCUGCAAUUGGUCCAAUUGCCGGUGGUUUCGUUUCCGAAAACACGACCUGGCGAUGGAUUUUCCAUGCCACGUCCAUUGCCGAUGGACUCAUUCAAGUCGUCGGGAUCUUUAUACUCCAAGAAACUUAUGGACCAACAUUACUGCAACGUAAAGCCAAGAAACUGCGCAAAGAGACGCAAGAUCCAGACUGGCAUACCGAAUUCGAUAGCCCGCAGCGUUCCCUCACCAGCACUCUUAGUGUUUCACUGCGCCGUCCAUUUAUAUUGAUAGCGACACAACCGAUCGUGCAAGCGUUGUCUGUUUUCAUGGCGUACAUCUACGGACUCAUGUAUCUUAUGCUGGCAUCCUUCCCCGAUCUUUUUACCAGCCCUGAAUACUAUGGCGAGUCGGUUGGAAUCGGAGGAUUGAACUAUCUUUCACUGGGCGUUGGUUUUUUCGUAGGUGCGCAGAUUACUGCUAGGUCGAACGACCGGAUCUACAAAAAGCUCAGCGCACGCAACAACGGUGUCGGACUGCCCGAAUUCCGCACUCCUCUGCUCUUUCUCGGUGCAUUUUUGCUCCCCGUUGGCCUUUUUAUCUACGGAUGGACCGCCCAGUACAAAGUCCACUGGAUCGCGCCCAAUAUCGGGGCUGCGAUAUUUUGCAUAGCUGCAAUCAUGUCCUUUCAGUGCAUCCAGGUGUAUCUGGUCGACACAUACACGCGAUAUGCCGCCAGCGCCCUGGCUGCUGCCGUGCUGCUGCGGUCAUUAGCCGGCUUCGGUUUCCCGCUUUUUGCGCCGUACAUGUUCAAGGCACUGCAUUACGGAUGGGGAAACAGUCUAAUGGCCUUUGUGGCUAUAGGAAUCGGGUUCCCAGCGCCGGUGCUUUUGUGGAAAUACGGUGCAAAGCUGCGUAAGAUGAGUCCUUAUGCUGCUGGGCUUCAAGCUCUCAGCAGCGUUGUUGUAGCGUUGGACAAUGGCCUGGCUGUUACGCCUCAGUUAGGAUGGAAUACAUGGAACUCGUUCGCUUGCUCCCUCAACGAAACCGUCAUUCUCAACGCCGCCGAACGCAUCGUCGCUCUCGGAUUCAAGGAUCUCGGCUACGAGUACAUUGUGCUCGACGACUGCUGGUCUGCCGGCCGGAACUCGUCAGGCUAUCUGAUUCCCGACGGGACCAAGUUCCCUAAUGGCAUUGACGGGCUGGCUAAAAAGAUUCAUGGGAUGGGCUUGAAGAUUGGUAUCUAUUCUAGUGCCGGCACUCUGACCUGCGCGAGAUAUGCGGGUUCGCUGGGGUAUGAGGAGAAGGAUGCUGAGCUGUGGGCGAGCUGGGGUAUCGACUACCUCAAAUACGACAACUGCUACAACCAAGGCGAAGAAGGCACUCCCAAACUGUCUUACGAUCGCUACAACGCCAUGGGUCAAGCCCUAAACAAGACCGGCCGACCAAUCCUCUACUCCAUGUGCAACUGGGGCAGCGAUGGACCCUGGAACUUUGCGUCCACCAUCGCCAACUCGUGGCGGACAUCGGGCGACCUGCUCAACACGUGGGAUCGCGUCGACGCAAACUGUCCCUGCGCGGAUCUGGACGGGCUCGACUGUAAAACUCCCGGGUUUCGCUGCUCGGUUCUGAAUGUGCUCAAUAAGGCGGUGUACUAUGUCUCCAAGGCGUUUCCGGGGGCGUGGAAUGACCUAGACAUGCUGCAGGUCGGCAACGAAGGCCUCCAAGACGAGGAAGCAGUCGCUCACAUGAGUCUCUGGGCAGCCUUCAAAUCGCCGCUGCUAAUGACCAACGUCAUGACCGACAUCGACGCGCCGACACUUUCCAUCCUGCAAAACCCGGCCGUGCUCGCCAUCUCCCAAGACCCAGCGGGCUCCAGCGUCAGCCGCAUCUGGCGCGACGGUGAAAUGCAGCUGUUCAGCGGCAGUCUGACGGGCGGGGACCAGGUCGUUGUGCUGUUGAAUGGCGAGUCAAAAACCCGCGAGAUGAGCGCGACGCUGCAGGAUAUCUUCUGGGAGAGCGGGGUGGCGGGCACGGCGAGGCAGGUGCAGCAGGCGUGGGAUGUGUAUGAUCUGUGGGCGAACCGGAUGGAUAAUGCGACUGCGAAUGCGAUUAUCAAUGGCACAGCUACGGACAGUAACAGGUUCAAUGCCACGGCGCGCGGAGGCGCAAAGCACGUAUAUGCACAGGUGCCAGCGUCCACGGAUAAGUGGUUGAUGGGAUCAAAGGUGAGCAGUGUGCAGUCGCGCGGGACAGUCAAGGCGAGCGUGCCGGGUCAUGGGGUCGCGCUGCUGCGUCUGCGCGCUAGGAAUAUUAACGAUGAGCUGUAAGCCUAUAACAACUGUAUUGACCGAUGUCACCGUUUAUGGGCAGUCCAGAAGAGCAAUAAUAACAACAACAAUAAUAAUAAUAAUAAAAGCAAUAACACGUAACGUACCCAUACGUAACAGGCAACUUACAUGUAAUAAUAUACAUAAGGUUAA